AAUUGUUGUAUUCAUUUACCGCGCGCUCAUGAGUCCUUUCUCGCAAAGUACUUGGAAGGCAACGGAAAUGGGUUGAACGCUCAAAUCAUUACCCAGAAAACGAGGUUCUUAGUGAAGGCAUGCCUUCACUGGGAGAUAACAAAAAAAAUAUCGCAUUUAGUUGAUCGAAAAAUAAGUGCGGCUAGUGUUUAUGUCUGCGGAGAAGGAGACAAAGCCCCCAAGCUCGUCGAAGAAGGAAAAGUCCCAAGAAUCCAAGACUGAAAAGGUUGAAAAAGCAAAUAAGGCGACCGGAGAGACACAGCAAGUUUUGGUUGGAGUCAGUGCAUUGCUGGAGAGAUAUGGCUAUCAGCUUGGUGAUGUUCUUGGAAAGGGAAGUUAUGCAGUUGUGCGCAAAGCAAAUUCGAAACGCUACAAGAGAGACGUCGCAAUAAAAAUCAUUUGCAAGAAAAAAGCGCCUGAAGAUUUUCUUACGAAAUUUCUUCCUCGGGAAAUAAAAGUCUUGAAAAAAAUCAAAAACACUUAUGUGACAACUCUACUUGAAGUUAUCGAGACCAACACCCGCAUGUAUAUCAUUACGGAUUUGGCGGAAAAUGGGGACUUAUUGGAGUACAUAAGGACGCAUGGCGCAUUGACUGAAAAGGCUAGCAGGCGACUUUUCCGGCAAAUAACAGCAGGUGUUCACUAUAUACACUCACAAGACAUAGUGCAUCGCGACUUGAAAUGUGAAAACUUGCUAUUAGACAAGGACCUCAACAUUAUCAUAUCUGAUUUUGGUUUUGCGAGGGAUUGUUUGACAACAGCGACUGGCAAGAAGAAGCUGAGUCACACAUAUUGUGGGUCGUAUGCAUACGCAGCGCCAGAAAUUCUCAAAGGUAUCGCAUACGACGCAACCCUUGCUGACGUAUGGAGUAUGGGAGUCAUACUCUACACUAUGCUGUGCGGACGGCUGCCUUUCGACGACUCCAAUCUACGCAGCCUUUUGCAGCAAGUUCACAAGCGUGUCACGUUCUCGUCACGCGUUAAACUAAGUGACGCUGCCAAGGCGAUCAUUCAUAAGAUGCUGACGUGGAACCUGCCCGAGAGGAUCACGGUAGAACAGCUAUUACAGGAGCCGUGGUUACUUGGUGACGAACCAAGUGAAGAAACCAGUAAAACCGGUUAGCAAUAACGGUGAAACCUGUUGACAGGUCCAAUGAGACAUUGAUAUGUAUAUAUUCUCUAUGAAAGCCCAGAAGUUGGCUUUAUAUAGAGGAUCCCGGCCUCUCGCCUAUCCACGGAAUCAACGCACAUUUGACAGUUUGAUUUCACGUCCGUAUGUCAUUAUGUUAGCAUUAAAAUUUUCUCAGUAAAGUUUUUGUUGUCCAACGCACCGUAGCAUUAAUUGGUUUGAUUCAGUUAGCAAAACGAGAAAUCUGACAACGAAUAAAAAAGUUAGCAAAACAAGUCAUUAGGGGAGACGGGAGCUUUAUUUUCGAGGGGACUCGAAAUCAAGGUGCGCAAUUGAUAGCAUAGCCAUUUUUUUAUCAAAUAAUCUGCUAGCGCGGUUACUUACUCGACGCAUCGCCUCUGUACAAAAAUCACCAAGUCAACUUACAGGUAGGCUUUAGAAAAGAUAGGAAGCAAGCGCAAGAGAGGUCACAUAGAACAAGCGCAAAAUAAGUUAGAAUCGGUCAAGACAAGCUUAAGUGCAAGAAAAUUAAGUAGUUGCGUUCUCUUGCGCUUGCUCUUGGGAAGGAUGGGAAAAUUAUGUGCUUUGCCUUUACGUCCCAGUGAAAACUCUCUAUUUCUUCUUUUUAACAAGUACCCUUAUUGUCAAUGUUUACACUAAAAGAAAGAAACAGGAUUUUUUUACAACGGGGUUCAAUAGCACUUGACAUUAAUUGGUUUGUGACAAUAUAGUCUUCAACAUCAGCUUUUACGUGCUUGAAAUGCAAUGAGUGGUUUCAGCUAUUUCAGUUUCAGUUUAUUUGUUUGCGAAAAAAAGUGAAAUGUCAAGAAGCUCAAAGAAAACCCGUACGUGCUUAUGCGAGCCAUGUUCCCCGAAUAAAAUAUAAUACAUAGGGCGCGUACACAGGGCAUUGAAGCCCCCAUUGGCGACCUUCUUAUUAAGGAAUCUCCAAAUUCUAUGCUGUUUCCGCUUUUUUCAUACGAUUCCUAUGACUGCGCACACCUCCUCGGCCAAUCCUGGGACGCUCCUGUAACAGACAAUAAAAAGAUUUACAAAAAAGAAGCAUAACCCAAGAAAAGCAAGCUGUUGGUUCCGUAAAGAAAGACAAGUUCUUCGCAUGAUGAUUUCUCGCGGUGUUUUGUGCGCGGUGUUCUUGGUGUUGGCUGGAUACGCCUUCUGCCAGGAGAACGAUCUUGCGGAGCGGGAAAUCGCGGUCGGUGAUCUUGCAAAACUCGUAGAAAUGAACAGCGACGCGCUAAAGGAGUUGAAUAAAAAGUAAAAUCAGCAGUCUCACCUCCCAAGACAAGAUUGUCCUUUAUCUGAAAGAUAUGCGUGGUCCCGUGGGGCCUCAAGGACCAGAAGGGCACAAAGGGUCGCAAGGGGACAAGGGGGCUAUAGGUGCUACAGGACCCCAGGGGCCAACAGGGGCUACCGGGCCUAUGGGCCCUAUUGGCCCCAAAGGACAGACCGGCCUAACAGGCGCUAAAGGACCCACCGGUCCCCGCGGACCAAUGGGUAACACAGGCCGCCCCGGAUCCGACGCUCCCAAAGGCUCCCUACAAUGUGUUGAGGCUGUUUCUCGUGGGAAUCACGCCCAAUGUCCUGCCGGUUACCUAGCAACAGGAUGUGCGUGCGGACAUCGCUGCGGCUCCUGGAAUACCGAUAACCACGGGACACGCUGUUACUGCCACGCUGGUUGCAUGGAUGGAAACCGAACACUUGACUGGACACGCGCUAUGUGCUGCAAAGUCGUGUAGAUCAUAUUGUCUCUAGUUAAAACAGAAUGAUGGAAUGCCACGUAUAAUGUAGAUAUUUAGAAUUAGAAAAUAAAUACAUUGUAUUUGCCUAGAAAUUAAAAAAAACUUUCGAGAACUUUUACAAAACGUCUGUUCAAAGUAAUAAAGGCUUCAUCAAAACUCAAAA